AUAGGCAAAACUCCGCCUACAGGUGCGCUGAGGUUUUCACUGUCCAACAAAACAGCUCGGUCCUCUGGCAGCGAUAGUCGCGAUCUGGACUCUAAUAAACUUUCAUGAAGGGAUUUAUACAGAGGAAUUAAUCAGGUGGAGUUAAGGUAGCAUAAAUGUUUGAUCGUAUGUGUCGGAUAUUACCUCUGCUCCUGCUGGGAGGAUUCUUCCUGACAGGUGUGCGGGAUGUUACUGGGAUCGAAAUUAGAACGGAGAAGGAAAUGGAAGCAGUCAACGGGACGGAUGUGAAACUAAGCUGCACCUUCAGUAGUACUCAUCCGGUGACUCCACAUUCUGUCACAGUAUCCUGGAACUUCCAACCCCUGAAUUCAAAACCUGGCGAGUCUCUGUUUUACUACCAGGAUGAAACGCCUCACCCUCCAACGUCUCCGCAGUUCAAAGGGCACGUAUUGUGGUCGGGAGAUAUCAUGAGAAAAGAUGCUUCCAUCACUCUCAAGAACGUGAAUCCAACUUUUAAUGGCACCUACAGCUGCCACGUGAGAAACCUUCCAGAUGUUCUAGGCAAUAUUGGAGAGAUCAACCUCAGAGUGGUCAACAAAGUGUCCCUCUCUGAGAUAAGUUUCCUGGCGAUCGUAGUUGGAGGUGCCUGUGGUGUAAUCCUGCUCAUUCUCACUAUCUUUGUGGCAGUGAAGUUCUACAAGAAAAGGAGGAGGGAAAAUGACAUUGAGCUGCACGAGCACGAUUUCAAAGACUCAACUGUGUGCAAACCCGAGGAGGCAGUGCAUCUGACAGGGUUGAAGGAGAAAAAAGAGGUUAGUUCAGACGACGAAGAGUCUGAGCCCAGCAGUGGAGAUGAUGACGACGACGACGACGAUGAUGACGACGACGAUGAUGAUUAGAUAGAUGCAUUUUUCUUGAGUAGCCUUUUCAUUGUUCAUUCACACAACUUUGUUGGGCUGAUCAUGUGGAUGUGAUGCAUUCAGAAAGUUUUGUGACCGCCAAUAAAAAGCAAAAACUUUUUCUGAAGGACUCUCUCCGUGCACCUCUGGACCCCCCCCCCAUUGAAGUGUACAGCGGGCAAAUCAGGUAAAGCUCAUCUGUACAGUCAUGAAAAUGUUGUGAGCUCCCACUUUGUAAUUUAUUCUGCUUUUUCAUAUUACGGCAUACUGCACAUUACAGUAAAUGAUAAAGUAGUUCCCAAUCAGUUUUGUGCAAAUAUAGCAUUGUGCUUCCAAAUAUCUGCCCACUUCUUAAAAAACAAACAAAGUUGUGAUAUUGUAAAACGUGAGUAAAAACUGAGAAAAGCAGUGAUUUGCAAAUAAGUUAAAGCUUUUAUUUAUUUGGAAAAAAAAUCCAAAACAAGGAAACGUUGACUUGUUGACAAUGCUGGUUUGUUUUUAAGACUCUUUCAUACAGCUUCUUCUUUUUUUUCCUUUUUCUUUCUUCUUUUCUUUCUUUCUUUUUUUUGCCUCAAAGCACUUCCAUGUUUUAUACUGUCUGUGGAUAAACUGAGCUUUUUUUUUCUUCCUUGCCAAAAAGCUUGCAUUUGCAGACAGCAAAUCUCGACCAAUGACAUUUCAGCUGAGAAAAUCAAGCGUGUUAAGCUCCUAGCCUUAAACAGAAAUCAUGUGCAGGUUACAACAGUUGGCUAAGCUCACUCCUUUUUAACUAUUACAAAUUAUUUCCACUUCCCAAUGUGAUGCACCAACCAAAGCUGACUGAUUCCAGCUUUUUCUGCACGAAUAAAGAACUUACACAACUAUUUCAGUACUCCACAUACAUACUCCAGUAUACAGGCACCGAUGUCUGAAAUGUGUUGAGUUGUCAUUUCAUUUUUUAAUAACUGGGACAAAUAAAUGCCAGACUUGUUCAUUGUACUGUUUAUGAUCGCUAUGUUGCUUUGUUGUUUGUGUAAUCUCAUUGGGGAUUUCUACUCAAAAACUGGACAUGUAUUGCCCUUCUGGGGUGUCCAUGAAUGUUUACUGUUAAAUAAUUGAACUGUAGAUGUGUAAAGCGUAGGCCCUAGUAAAAUGUUUCAUUGCUAACACUUCCCCUUUGCCAGUGUAGAAAGUGCUUAUCUGUGCUGCUGCCACAAAAAUGUGUGUCUGCAUAGAUUUCUUUCUGAAAGUUCACCAACAGGUUUAUGAGCAAUGACUGCUGUUAACUUCACGGACAACUAGCAAGUUUGUGUUCUGUUUUUUGUAUAAAAAGUGUAAAAUAAAAUUUUCUGUUCAGCGAC